AGCCUGGGCCGGGAGGCAGCGCCGGGCCGGGCCCAGCGGGCUGGGCCGGGCCGGGCGGAAGCGGGGGGGGCUGUGGGGCCGGCGCUCUUUCCUCCGCCCCGCCCCCUGGGACCCCCUCCCCUCCCCCCCGCGCGCCCCGGGCCGCGCUCCGGCGGGCGGCCGUUAAGUCGGCUUCCCGAGGCCGUUCCCUCAAGGCCCCUUUCUCCUGGGCCGGGGAGAGGCCCGACUCCCCGCUCCCGCCCUCCUCGGCGCCGUGACCUCGGGCCCCGCAUCCCGGGGCGCCGUGCCGGGGAGAAAGGCCGGGCGGGAUCCGGGGGCGCCCCCGCCCGGGCCGGGGCUCGUGUCGCGGGGGGGGGGGGGCGCGCUGCGCGGCGGGAAGCUCCGCUCUCCCGGACACCUGCUUCCCCUCCCGCCUCCCUCGAGACCUCGGUGGCCCUUCUCUCGACUACUUGUGCGUCUCGCGUAAACGUUCCUGCAACUCUCUUACUCGGCGGUGUCCUCCCCCGAGGUGGGAUGACCGCUUAGUGUCGCCACCGCAGACACGGGCUAUGCGCACCCCGGUGCCCGCCGCGGUCCGCUUACCUGGCUCAUCGCCUCCGGGACUUUGUAUCUUUGCUAACGUCAGUGAUGUGAAAAGACCUGACAUGGAUGAUAUUGCUGAUAGGAUGAGGAUGGAUGCUGGAGAAGUAACUUUAGUGAACCACAACUCCAUAUUCAAAACCCAUCUCCUGGCACAGACAAGUUUUCCAGAGGACCACCUUUCAUUUUCUGACCAUCAGAUUUUACCUUCCAGGGAAGGAAAUUUGGACCGAUCUUAUACAUGUUCAACAAGAAGUGCAGCUUGUAACCCAAAUUAUUAUUCAGACAACCCUUCCUCAGACAGUUUUCUUGGCUCAGGAGAUUUAAGAACCUUUGGCCAGAGUGCAAAUGGCCAGUGGAGAAAUUCCACUCCAGCAUCAGGUUCAGCUUUACAAAAAUCAAGGAACAGCCGAAGUCUUUACCUCGAAACCCGAAAGACCUCAAGUGGAUUAUCAAACACUUUUACAGGAAAGUCAAACCAUCACUGCCAUGUGUCUGCAUAUGAAAAAUCGUUUCCUAUUAAGCCUGUUCCAAGUCCAUCUUGGAGUGGUUCAUGUCGUCGAAACCUUUUGAGCCCCAAGAAAACUCAGAGGCGACAUGUUAGUACAGCAGAAGAGACAGUCCAAGAAGAAGAAAGAGAGAUUUACAGACAGCUGCUACAGAUGGUCACAGGGAAACAGUUUUCUGUAGCCAAACCUACCACACAUUUUCCUUUACAUCUGUCUCGAUGUCUUAGUUCCAGUAAGAAUACUUUGAAAGACCCACUGUUUAAAAAUGGAAACUCCUGUGCAGCUCAGAUCAUUGGCUCUGAUACUUCAUCAUCUGGAUCUGCCAGCAUUUUAACUACCCAGGAGCAACUGUCCCACAAUGUAUAUUCCUUAUCAUCUUAUGCCCCAGAUAUUGCAUUUGGAUCCAAAGAUUCUGAGCCUCUUCAUCAACCCCAACAUCAUCACUCUCUUCUAUAUCAGCCAGAUAACUUACCAGCUUCAAAUACACAAUCAGAAGGAUCAGACUCUGUGAUUUUACUCAAAGUGAAAGAUUCCCAGGCUCCAAAUCCCAGUCCUACUUUUUUCCAGGCAGAGCUGUGGAUCAAAGAAUUAACUAGUGUUUAUGAUUCUCGAGCACGGGAGAGAUUGCGCCAGAUUGAAGAGCAGAAAGCACUGGCAUUGCAGCUUCAAAAUCAGAGAUUGCAGGAACAGGAACAUUCAGUACAUGAUUCAGUAGAACUGCAUCUUCGUGUACCUCUUGAAAAGGAGAUCCCUGUCACAAUCACCCAAGAAACAGAAAAGAAAGGUCAUAAGUUAACUGAUAGUGAAGAUGAAUUUCCUGAAAUCACAGAGGAAAUGGAGAAAGAAAUAAAGAAUGUAUUUCGUAAUGGGAAUCAGGAUGAAGUUCUGAGUGAAGCAUUCCGCUUGACCAUUACACGCAAAGAUAUUCAAACUCUAAACCAUCUGAACUGGCUCAAUGAUGAGAUCAUCAAUUUCUACAUGAAUAUGUUGAUGGAGCGAAGUAAAGAGAAGGGAUUGCCAAGUGUGCAUGCAUUUAAUACCUUUUUCUUCACUAAGUUAAAAACAGCCGGUUAUCAGGCAGUGAAACGUUGGACAAAGAAAGUGGAUGUAUUUUCUGUUGACAUUCUUUUGGUGCCCAUUCACCUGGGAGUGCACUGGUGUCUUGCUGUUGUGGACUUCCGAAAGAAGAAUAUUACCUAUUAUGACUCUAUGGGUGGGAUAAACAAUGAAGCCUGCAGGAUCCUCCUGCAAUACCUGAAGCAAGAAAGCAUUGACAAGAAAAGGAAAGAGUUUGACACCAAUGGCUGGCAGCUCUUCAGCAAGAAAAGCCAGGAAAUUCCACAGCAGAUGAAUGGAAGUGACUGUGGCAUGUUUGCUUGCAAAUAUGCUGACUGCAUUACCAAAGACAGACCGAUCAACUUCACACAGCAACACAUGCCAUACUUCCGGAAGCGGAUGGUCUGGGAGAUUCUCCACCGAAAGCUUUUGUGAAGAUGUCUCAGUUACCCGACAUUGACCUUGUGGGGGACCAGCUCUUUGUUGUCUACAGCCAGAGACCUUGGAAACAGCUGCUCCCACCCCUCUGUUCUUGUAAAGCCCUUGAUCCUGGACCAGGCCCUGGCGAGAUGCAUUCACAAGCACAUCUGCCUUUCCUUUUGUAUCUCAGAUACUAUUUUUGCAAAGAAACUUUGGUGCUGUGAAAGGGGUGAGGGACAUCCCUAAGCUGAAGAGAAAGACUGCUUUUCACUUCUUCAGUUCUGCCAUCUUGUUUUCAAAGGGCUCCAGCCUCGCUCAGUCCCUAAUUUGGGGGCCGAGAGAAGCUUGGACAGAUUCCUGGUUUCAUAUAAACUCUUGUUGUUAGGCCUUACUAAGAGGUAGGAAAGGGCAUGGGCAAAAAAGUAGGGAUGAAAACCACCAGCAUAUACACGCACACAUACAUACACGCAGGAUUUUCAAGAUGUGUUGUCAGGAAAGUGACUGUAAACUUGGACUUUGGGCCACAUGCAUAAGUCCCUCUAGGACUUCCCUAUUUAUAUGCCUCUUUGUGAAAUCCAUCUGCUUCUGUACAAGGCUGUUUUAUCAUUUGUAGCUUCCUCUAUCCUGAGGCACAACACAUGAGCCCUGGGUGGACCCCAAAGUCCCAGGCAGUCCUUUCCUUAAAGCAGGGGUUUGCAUGUGCUCACAACACAUGAUAUGGAGAAGACCCACCCAGGGAGCGGUUUAGUGGAGCAACAAAGGCACCACUUUUACUGCCGCCUACUUCUGACCAAGAAGAAGGACCUCAGUCUUUAGCAUAAAAUUCCAGCUUUGGAUGAAUGCAGGUCUAGUUUGGUCUGUGGCUAGUUUAAAUAUGUUUCUAACCACAGGGAAUUUUAUAUAUAUAUAUAUAUAUAUAUAUAUAUACACACACACACACACACACACACAUAUAUGUAUAUGUGUGUAUAUAUAUGUAUAUAUAUAUAUAUAUCAAUCACAGGGAUAUGUGUUUUUUUAAAAGGCUGAAUGUGUUUACCACUUUAGCCUUAGAUUUAUAUCCAUUUUCCAAAUUUAGCUCUAGCACGCACAGAUCCCAGCCCCUAUGUGUAGGGUGUUUGUGGACUUCCUAACAAUAUUUUGAGGCCUGGAUGAACUUUGGCUUAGGGGUAGAGGUUACAGAGGGAGGCAAGAUUUUCAACUGGAAAACGGGUGGAAUUUGGACUGAUCAACUUGAGACUAAAAAACUGCUAUUCCUUUUGUUCUUUCUAGCAUCUCCCCCACCCUCUGAGCGCUCCUCAGGCUAGAUAGUGAAACGAUCCAAUGCCAGUGUCAUUUUGUACUUAAGUUCCAAAAUAGGAACGUUUUAUACUUUUUUCUGUAUUGUAAUAGGUAGUUUUGUAUGAAAUAUUUUCUCUUCUUCCCUUGUACCCCAUCCUUUCCAACAUUGUGCUUUCUCUCUGGGCUUAUUUGAAAAUUUUACUCUGUUUUAUACCAAGCUUGUUUAGUACAUUUUUCUAUGUUUUACCACAGGUUACAAUUUGAAAAGAAAACUAUUUUUUUUAAAUAUUCCAUUGUUAACUGAAUGUUACUGUUUCCACUCCAGCAACCAGAUGUCCUACCUUUUUCAUAACUGCCUGCCUUUUUUGGGGAAGACCACCUUUCUUUCAUUCGUUUGUUCAUUUCCUUCCUUCCUUCCUUCCUUCCUUCCUUCCUUCCUUCCUUCCUUCCUUCCUCCCUCCCUCCCUCCUUCCUUCCUUCCUUCCUUCCUUCCUUCCUUCCUUCCUUCCUUCCUUCCUUCCUUCCUUCCUUCCUCUGUUCCUCCCUUCCCUCCCUUCCCUCCCUCCCUUCCUUCCCUUCCUUCCUCCCCUCCUCCCUUCCUUUCUUGUGUUUUUCUAUAGGAAAUAAAUAGCUUUCUAUUUAUGAGUUGCUGAGACCUUUUCACAUUCUCUUUUAGAAAACUACAGUGUGCAGGCUCAUUGUAGAAUUCCUGCACAUGGAUUCUUGGUACUUAAUGUAUUUCAGUGACAAUUUGAAAGGUGGCAGUAUGGCAUAGAUUUGGACUAUGAAUCAAAAGACCUGAGUUUUUCAGAUGCUCUUGCUAUUGUCUGGGGGACUCAGAACAAGAUAGUUGUCUGUAUUUAUUGUUUGUCCAUUUAGAUAACAACAUCUGUCUUACCUUCCUCACAGACUUUUUGUAUAGACCAAAGCAACAAAUAUUUAUUGCCAUGUAUAACAGAAAAUGAAACAUGCAACAAAAGCACUUUGAAAAAUAUAUAAGGAAUUGUUGAGCCUGUC